CCGCAGCUCCAGGCCACAGCCGCUGCGCCCGCCACCCUGCCGCCCCCGCUAUGGGUCGACAGAAAGAACUGGUGUCCCGCUGCGGCGAGAUGCUCCACAUCCGCUACAGGCUGCUUCGCCAGGCGUUGGCUGAGUGCCUGGGGACCCUCAUCCUCGUGAUGUUUGGCUGUGGCUCUGUGGCCCAGGUUGUGCUCAGCCGGGGCACCCACGGUGGUUUCCUCACCAUCAACCUGGCCUUCGGCUUUGCUGUCACCCUGGGCAUCCUUGUUGCUGGUCAGGUCUCCGGGGCCCACCUGAACCCUGCUGUGACCUUUGCCCUGUGCUUCCUGGCACGUGAGCCCUGGAUCAAGCUGCCCAUCUACACCCUGGCUCAGACACUGGGAGCCUUCUUGGGUGCUGGGAUUGUUUUUGGGCUGUAUUAUGAUGCAAUCUGGGACUUCGCCAAGAAUGAGCUUGUAGUCUCGGGUCCCAAUGGCACAGCUGGCAUCUUCGCCACCUACCCCUCUGGACACUUGGACGUGGUCAACGGCUUCUUUGACCAGUUCAUUGGCACAGCUUCCCUCAUCGUGUGUGUGCUGGCCAUUGUCGACCCCUACAACAACCCCGUUCCCCGUGGCCUGGAGGCCUUCACUGUGGGCCUGGUGGUCCUGGUUAUCGGCACUUCCAUGGGCUUCAACUCUGGCUACGCUGUCAACCCUGCCCGGGACUUUGGCCCCCGCCUUUUCACUGCCAUCGCUGGCUGGGGCUCCGAAGUCUUCACGACUGGCCGCCACUGGUGGUGGGUGCCCAUCGUGUCUCCAUUCCUGGGCUCCAUUGUGGGUGUCUUUGUGUACCAGCUCAUGAUUGGCUGCCACCUGGAGCAGCCUCCACCCUCCGUGGAGCAGGAGAAUGUGAAGCUGGCACAUGUGAAGCACAAGGAGCAGAUCUGAGUGGGCAGGGGCCACUCCCCACCCACCCUGCAGCUUGAGCACCCACUGACUGCCCAGAGGCUGCUCCCUAGGAGACCCCACGGUCCCCCUACCAGGCUGCAAAGUGCUUCGCCCCGCCCCACUGGAGAGCCCCCUUCAGAAUUUUCCCACCCUGAUAAAUAGGACCUGCAGCUGUGGUGGGACAGGGUGUAGGGCCAACAUAUUCAUCUCGCAAAAGGAGAGAAUGAGCAGCAGGUGUGUGAAUGUGUGUGUGUGUGUGUGUGUGUGUGUGUGUGUGUGUCUGUGUCUGUGUGUGUGUGUGUGUGUCUGUGUGUCUGUGUCUGUGUGUGUCUGUGUCUGUGUGUCUGUGUGUGUGGUGAUUCUAGCUUUCAGGAAGCCCUGGGGAAGGGAGAAGGUGGUGUGUCUAUCGUGAGUGAGCAAGGUACCAGGGGUCUGCAUGGUUCAGGAGCUCCAUGUGGAGGAGGGUCCAGAUAGAUGUGUUUCUGAGUUUGUGUGUCUGCCCUUUUUACUAAGCAGGGGAUUUCUCAAGGCUUUGGGGGAAGUAGGGCGGGAAUAUGGAUAAGGCUGGGAGGAGGGGGCCACAGCUGAGGUAUGGAACUCAGGCUGUACAUAAAUAGGAGCCGACUAACAUGUUUUGUCAUAAGGUAGGCAUGAGAGGGUGGGGUGAAGUCCAGGCCGUAAGUUUCAUGUUUGCUCUCUCUUUUUAAAAAAAAUAUAUAACAGAUAUUACAGUUUUAGGGAUGGGGGUUGGGAGACUACUUAAAAGAGGUUCUUCUCUGGGGAAGGAAGACCCUCUUUAAAGUAGCCUUAUUUCUCCUUUAAUCCUCCACUUAACACAUGUACUCUGCCUUUUAUAAAAAAAACAAUAAAAUGUAUGCCUAAAACUGCCAA